AUGGCGUCUCCACGCCCCAGUUUUCCUCCAGCCAGCCACCCGAGGCCCAGCUCCUCCUCCCGGCGGCCUUUGCAGGCCCACGCUGGCCUCGAGUCGGCCUCUCCAGGGCUCGCUCCUGCUCCCGGCGGCACCUACGGGCCAAACUCGUGGCCCAGUCGGCCUCCGCCAGCCCACCUCCUGCCUCUCCACGGCCUCUCCAGCUGCCAGACUUCCUCAGACUUCCUCCAGCCAGCCUCUCCAGGCCCACCUCCUCCUCCCGGCGGCCUCUGCAGGCCCACGCUGGCCUCGAGUCGGCCUCUCCAGGGUUCGCUCCCUCCCGGCGCCCCCUGCGGGCCCAACUCGUCGCCCAGUCGGCCUCCGCCAGCCCAGCUCCUGCCUCUCCACGGCCUUUUCAGCUGCCAGACUUCCUCAGGUCAGCCUCUCCAGGCCCCGUUCCUCCUGCCUGCCACUGGCCUCUUGAGGCCCAGCCCCGCUCACGCCUUGGGCCCAGCCUCCUGCCUCCCGAGGGCCUGCACAGGCCCAGCCUCUCACUCCCAGGGGACUCUCCACACCCCUCUCGCCUGACUACGGCCUCCCCAGGCCACAGCUCCUCCUGUCUUUGCCUUUGCCUUUUGGCGGCCUUUCCAGGCCCCGAACUUCCUCAGGCCGGCCUCUCCAGGCCCAGCCCGAAACGUCCUGAAGCCGGGCCCCACGGUGGCCUCUCCGGGCCCGGCUGCUGCCCUCCGACGGCAUCUCCACGCCCCAGACUUCCUCCAGCCAGCCUCUCCAGGCCGAGCUCCUCCUCCCGGCAGCCUCUGCAGGCCCACGCUGGCCUCGAAUCGGCCUCUCCAGGGCUCGCUCCUGCUCCCGGCGGCCCCUGCGGGCCCAACUUGUCGCCCAGUCGGCCUCCGCCGGCCCAGCUCCUGCCUCUUCGCGGCCUCUCCAGCUGCCAGACUUCCUGAGGUCAGCCUCUCCAGGCCCAGCUUCCUCCUGCUUGCCACUGGCCUCUUGAGGCCCAGCCCCGCUCCCCAGGCCAGAGCUCCUCCUGGCAGCUCCGCCGUGCCCCGAUCCUUCCUCCCAGUGGCCUCGUUAGGCCCGGCUCAUUCGUCACGGGGAACGGCCUUUCCAGGCCCAGCCUGUGCCUUUUGGCGGCCUCUCCAGGCCCCGAACUUCCUCAGGCUGUCCCCUGCAGGCCCCGUUGCAGCCUCCCAGCCUCCCGUCCAGGCCCAGCUCCUCCUGCUCCCGGCUGCGGCCGCGGGUCCAGCACCGACCUCACGACAACCUCUUUGGACUCGGCUCCGGCCAUGCUCCCGCUCCGCGGCCUUAGUAGGCCCCAAACGUCCUGAAGCCGGGCCCCACGGUGGCCUCUCCGGGCCCGGCUCCUGCCCUCCGACAGCGUCUCCACGCCCCAGACUUCCUCCAACCAGCCUCUCCAGGCCCAGCUCCUCCUGCCGGCGGCCUCUGCAGUCCCACGCAGGCCUCGAUUCUCGGCCUCUCCAGGGCUCGAUCCAGCUGCCGGCGGCCCCUGCGGUCCCAACUCGUCGCCCAGUCGGCCUCCGCCGGCCCAGCUCCUGCCUCUCCGCGGCCUCCCCAGCUGCCAGACUUCCUCAGGCCCAGCCUGUGCCUUUUGGUGGCCUCUCCAGACCCCGAACUUCCUCAGGCAGGGCCCUCCAGGCCCAGUUGCGGCCUUCCGGCCUCCCGUCCAGUCCCAGCUCCUCCUGCUCCCGGCUGAGGCCACGGGCCCCGCCCCGGCCUCACGACAACCUCUUUGGACUCAGCUCCGGUCCAGCUCCCGCUCCGCGGCCUUUGGAGGCCCCAAACGUCCUGAAGCCGGGCCCCACGGUGGCCUCUCCGGGCCCGGCUCCUGCCCUCCGACGGCGUCUCCACGCCCCAGACUUCCUCCAGCCAGCCUCUCCAGGCCCAGCUCCUCCUGCCAGCGUGCUCUGCAGUCCCACGCUGGCCUCCAGUCUCGUCCUCUCCAGGGCUCGCUCCUGCUGCCGGCGGCCCCUGCGGGCCCAACUCGUCGCCCAGCCCCGAACUUCCUCAGGCCGGCCCCUCCAAGCCCAGUUGCGGCCUCCGCGCCUCCCGUCCAGGCCCAGCUUCUCCUGCUCCCGGCUGCGGCAGCGGGCCAAGCUCCGUCCUCACGAGAACAUCUUUGGAUACGGCUCUGGCCCCGCUCCCGCUCUGCGGCCUUUGCCGUCGCUGGCCUCGAAUCUCGGCUUCUUCAGGGCUCGCUCCUGCUCCCGGCGGCCACUGCGGGCCCAACUCGUCGCCCAGUCGGCCUCCGCCGGCCCAGCAGCUGCCUCUCCGCGGCCUCCCCAGCUGCCAGACUUCCUCAGGCCAGAGCUCCUCCUGCCUUUCGGCAGCUCCUCCGGGCCCCGCUCCUGCCUCCCAGUGGCCUCCUUAGGCCCGGCUCCUUCGUCACCCCAGCUCCUCCUGCUCCCGGCUGCGGCCGCGGGCCCAGCCCCGGCCUCACGACAGCCUCUUUGGACUCGGCUCCGGCCCAGCUCCCGCUCCUGCCUCUCCGACGGCCUCCCCAGCUGCCAGGCUUCCUCAGGUCAGCCUCUCCAGGCCCAGCUCCUGCCUGCCGGCGGCCUCUUGAGGCCCACGCUGGCCUCGAGUCUCGCCCUCUCCAGGGCUCGCUCCUGCUCCCGGGAAGCCGGGCCCCACGGUGGCCUCUUUGGACUCGGCUCCUGCCCUCCGACGGCGUCUCCACGCCCCAGACUUCCUCCAGCCAGCCUCUCCAGGCCCAGCCUCCUGCCUGCCGGCGGCCUCUGCAGGCCCACGCUGGCCUCGAGUCUCGGCAUCUCCAGGGCUCGCUCCUGCUCCCGGCGGCCCCUGCGGGCCCAACCCGUCGCCCAGUCGGCCUCCGCCGGCCCAGCCUCCUGCCUCUCCGCGGCCUCCCCAGCUGCCAGACUUCCUCAGGCCAGAGCUCCUCCUGCCUUUCGGCAGCUCCACCGGGCCCCGCUCCUGCCUUCCAGUGGCCUCGUAAGGCCCGGCUCAUACGUCACGGGAAACGGCCUUUUCACUCCAGCCUGUGUCUUUCGGCGGCUUCUCCAGGCCCCGAACUUCCUCAGGCCGGCCCCUCCAGGCCCAGUUGCGGCCUCCCGGCCUCCCGUCCAGGCCCAGCUCCUCCUGCUCUCGGCCACGGCCGCGGGCCCAGCCCCGGCCUCACGACAACUUCUUUGGACUCGGCUCCGGCCCAGCUCCCGUUCCGCGGCCUUUGUAAGCCGAAAGCGUCCUAAAGCCGGGCACCACGGUGACCCCUCCGGGCCCGGCUCCUGCCCUCCGACGGCGUCUCCACGCCCCAGACUUCCUCCAGCCAGCCUCUCCAGGCCCAGCCUCUUUGGACUCGGCUCCGGCCCAGCUCCCGCUCCGCGGCCUUUGGAGGCCCCAAACGUCCUGAAGCCGGGCCCCACGGUGGGGCCUCUCCAGGCCCCGAACUUCCUCGGGCCGGCCCCUCCCGGCCUCCCAGUGGACUCUCCACGCCCAGCUCUGGCCUGA